UAAAUUGUAUUUUCAAGAAUGUUUUAAUGGUGUUCGUUUCUGGGAUAAAUCAUUUAGGACACAGCUUGGGCAUGCAAUCUGUGUAGGGUGCGUCACAGACAUACAUUUCACGAGGGAGAACAGCAUGAAAGUGUUUGAUCAGACUUCAUUUCCCCCACGACAGUAGUAAACCUCCCUCUCUUCCCUCCUCUAUCCUCUCCUCCUCGUCUGUGCAGCUUGUCUUAGAGGCUCACGGAGCAUUGAUGCGACCUGAGCGCGGCGCGCGGGUGGAACAGGACGAGCUUAGCUUAAUUAACGGAGCGCGAGCCCUGCAGGAAUGCCAGCGAGGCGCUGAUUGGAGAAGAUUAUUGUCUUCCUCGUCAUACUGCAGGGAUGCUAUAGCCAGCAUGCUAUGAGAUGAACAUAUGAAUAGAAGUACACAUGGCUGAUCUUAAAGUCCUCUUUUGUGGUCAAGACACUGUCCAGACCGAUCACCUUGACUGGUCCCUAAAAUACCAGCAAAGUCAUCACUCAGUGUGUGCAGAUGAAAGGGUCCUUUCCAAUGAAGAGUGCUGCCAGGCGUAUCUGGAGGAGAAUGUUAAUGAGGCGAACAGGCUUUCAGAACCAUGGACAGCGACUUUGCCAAUUGGACGACUCUGCAAACUCAAUGAAUGGGGAUUUGAUGAAGAAGUUGAGGUAUGUUACGAUGAACAGUUUGAAACAGCUUUUCCUGGUGUGGCUGACUUUACUGAUCAUAAAGACAAUCAGUUGUUAGCAGAGGAGACCAACUAUGACAACUUAAGUUGGAAUUCUCCCAAAGAUCUCCAAGAAGGCAGCCCAGAAUGCUCCCUGCUGUCAGUUGACGAUUUCAUGGUGGAUUCAUCGGAAAAGUCAGUGGAUUAUGGAUUUAUAGGUGCUGUUACCUUUUUAGUUACUGGAAUUUCCUUGGUUGUAAUCUCCUACACUGUCCCACGUGACGUCAAGGUGAAUCCCGAUACCGUUUCUGCCCGGGAGAUGGAGCGGUUGGAGAGAGAGAACGCCCGGGUGGGUGCUCACCUGGACCGAUGUGUGAUUGCAGGACUGUGCCUCCUCACACUCGGUGGUGUGGUACUGUCAACCCUGUUGAUGAUCUCCAUGUAUAAAGGGGAGAUGAUCAGGAGACAAGCAUUUGCCUACUCCAAGCACCAAGCCAGACUCUACGGCUCUAUGAAUUUUAGAAGUGGCGCUAGCCCGACCGGAGCUCCUUCGCUUUUGUCCCUUGAUGAAGAUGAAGGUCCUGUAGAAGUCUUAAGUUGAAGCUGAGAUCAGCAUCUCCAUAUGAAAAUAUGAUCAAAACAGCUUUGUUAUACUGUGAUCUAGGAUGACACACUGUAAAACACAGUUUGUAAUACUUAAAAAACAAUAUUGUUAAUUUAAUAACAUCGGAAUUUACCUUUAAACUUCUAAAUUACUACUAAAUUUGUGUUGAAUAAACUUGACUACAAUGGGUCAUAGCAACAAAAUUAAUUAAAUUAAAUUAAAUUAAUCAGGAUAAAAUUCUACACUUUUUGCAUUGCAUUUAAUGGACAACAUGGACUUGAGUCAUGUUUGUGUAAAAAAUAUAUUUGUGUGAGUUUGUGCAUUUUUCCAAAACAUAUGUUCAUGUAAAUAUACAGCAUGCUUUACAAGUGCAGUUAUAUAAGGCUCAAUUUUUUUUUGAGUAUGCAAAAAAACUAUCAUAUGAUCAUUCGACUAACUUGCCAAAUGUACAAUUGUGUCCUAUUUAGCCAGUCUUCACAUUGGAAAAGGAAAAUACUUUUUCUUUCUUCUUCUUUUUUUGGCUUGGAUUUGCAGUCUAUGUCUGAUAGCUGACUUAAUCAUCAGUCAUUGUAUAAAAACCUCUUUCCAAUCAGGUGGGACAGAGAUUUAUUCCAAUGCCUCUGAAGCCACUCAAAUCUAUAUAUUUGCAUUCACAUUUGCAUAAAAAUAAACACGGUAAACAGCUUUGCAACAGCACAGGUAACGUGAAUGCGCACCAGGGAGGUUUGAUCUAAAUUUUGUGAGCUUAGUUUAUUUAGAGUAUAUCUGUGCUUUUAAUGCACAUGGGAUGUAGGAAAUGUGUGAGCAGAUGUCUCUCUCUCUUUCUCUCUCAUCAGUGUGCCCGCUCUAGAGGAGUCUCUUGGGAAAUGACUGCUCUAUGUUUCUCCUUCCCAAUAGCAACUAACCCCAUUAGAGUCACACAUCAUAACACGUAAUGACCCGAAAGAACAGAAUCCAGAAUGCAGACUGCAGCAAAAGGCACAUAAAAGCAUGGUGUAUAGGUUCUCAUCCCACAAAGCACAAGCUCUCAGAAAAGAGAAUUAACCUGAAACAGGCUAAUAUUUAAGUCAAACCAAUUCCACAAGGUUAAAAUCAAAUUCUUAAAGAAAUGGUUCACCCCAAAAAAGACAAUUUACUUAUUCCAAAAGUAACUGUUUAUAAAAACUGUUUUUGUGAAUACAAUAGAAGUCAAUUGGGUCCAAAACACAGAAUGGAUAGAAUAUGAUUUUUGAUUAAUAUAAUAUAUUAAUUACUUAUUUUGUGUUCUGCAGAGCACGCUUAAAAGUCAAGGUUCUUUAUGGCAUUGAUAGAACCUUUUAAAUUUCUUUAUAGUGGAAAAAUGGUUCUUUUAAUAACUGAAAGGUUCUUUGGUUUGGAACAAAAUAAAGAUGACUAAAUGAUCACAGGAUUUUUGAACAACAAAGCAAAAUUUAGGCAUAUAAGCCUCAGGUUGCAGGUGGAGGAAAAAAAUAUGCCCAUGAGGCUUUGAGCAAGCAGUAGGCUCUGCUGGUGCUUCUGCUGAGGAGUGCGGUCCGUAUAAGAAACGCUUACCGAGGGCCGGAUCAGAUUAUCCCUCGCUAUACACCAGCACUGCAGCAAAGAUUCCUGACUCCAGUGUUCUUUUCAUCCCAUUUCUUCAUGACAGCACACACAAGUGUUUUAAAAGCCCCUUGAAUGUCUGUUUGCAUGAGAACACUUACUUAAGGGUAUCGUUAGACGAUUAAACAAAUGCUUGUAGAAAAUUGCUGCUAUUAAAUCUGCAUGCUACUAACAUCACCUGUGGUUUUAAUAAAGCUUAAUGGUUCACCGUAAAACAAACUCAGAAUUAUGCUUUUGAUAUGGGUGAAGACUAAUAGAGGGGGGUUUUGGAGAGGAAGAUGCAUAUAUUUUUAUAUGUCAUGUGUUUUUAGGUUGCACACAAUGGUGUGGAUAGCAAUUAAUGAAAUGUCAACAAUGCAUGACCAUGUCUACUGAAAUAAGAACUGAUUUAUAAGCCAUAUCUCAUUCUCUGGCUGUCUCCAUCUCUCUUUUGUUUCUUUUUUUCUCUCUGUCUAAUACUCUCUAACCAGCACUCUGUAUAAUAACUCAAUCACUUAGGGCCGCUGGCAUCAGGAAAUGGGGCUAAAUUGAUUAAAGGGUCAGUAUGGGUCAGGGAGUGGGUGUGGACAUCAUCUCGAUGGACAAAGAUAUGGUCAUUGUGUGCACAUACACACAAUAUAACUCCCAGCUGUACCAUAUCAUAAAUUGUCCGUGGUGCAGUGACAUCCUAACAUAUCAUCUCGCUUUAUUCUUCAGAUAAAAAACCGGCCCAAGCUGGUCUGAGUGUAAAGAUGGCAUGAAAAUGAAGUCCAGUCCAGACUGUGUGAGAUACAGAUGGAGUUGUCAGUUAUAUGUUACGUGAGUGACCCGUCCACCAGCUCAUCCAUUCUGCUGUUUUCUUUACUGCUUGGUCUAAUUAUUCAUCAUUUGGACAUUCCUCACUGUUGGUGCUGUUUAAUGGCCUGUUCAACAAAAUGACUCUUGUUACCUAGAGUUUGUUGCAUAGCAACAGUAAAGAUAAAAUGUACAAAAAGUCAGCGAGCACAGAGCGAAGGAUCUCCGGUGAAAAGGCACUAGUUCAUCAUUCAUCGCUGUAAUUCGGAAGCUCAUUGUGUAUCAGGGAGACCAAAGAAUGAAGUCAGCAGCCUUAGUCACAAGGCUACAGGAAACAGAAAGACAGGCUGCUGCAUAGUAAUGUAGCAGGCGUGCUUAUUUCAAUGGGAAUUUGAAUUCUGAAUUUAUGACAGCAACGUCAGCGGCAGUUUCUCAAAUUAGGUGGCGGAAAUAAAGGCACCUUGGGGAAAAACACAGAGCUCUAUAGAUAAUUUCUGGGACCCUCAUACCUUGUUGAUGAUGUACUGUGACCUACUGCGGUAGAGAGUUUUGUAGAAGUUCAACAUUAUAAUAAUAAAGCUCAAAAAGAGCCAAGUAAGUCAUCAUUUGAUUAAAUUUACAUGAUGGCAUUUUUCAAAUGAGAUUUUUACAUUUUUGGAAGAUGAAAAACACAUCUUGUUAACCAAAACAGCUAUUCUUAACCAGAUAGCACUAUGCUAUGCUAGUAGGCUGUUAGCUUGUAACUGAAGGAUAAAUGAAAAGUUAAUGUUUAAUUUUUUAGCUUCAUUAAUAUAAUAUGAUAUGUAAUUUAAAAGACUUUAAUUUCCACAAUUUCGUGAUAAACGCAGCUUAAAGCGAUUUUCUAAUUUCUAUUUAGGAACAGAAUGGAGUACCCAUGAUAAAAUCCAAUGGAAGGUUUCUAAGGAACCUAAUCUCAAAGCAAGAUUUUACGAUUUUUCACACAAAUUGUACAAAUCAUACCAAAAUGUAUAAUAGUUACAGUAGCCAUGAGAUUUUUCUGGUUUUGAGUGGCUUUUAGCACACUGCCAUGCAGGAAUUGCUUCCCAAUUCAUAAAAAUCAACCCCCAAGAUUUUUCUGAUUUAUAUUUAUUUAUUUUAUUUUUUUUAGUUUUUUAUUUAAAUCAUUUUCUUUUCCUGCAGGUGAAAACUGCCGGUUUAUUCACUUAGAAAAACAGAAGCGCUUGAUUUUACACAUUACUUAGGGACAGAAGUUUUGAUAAACUAUGAGCAAUAAUGAGUAAAUCAUAUUUAAUAAUAAUAGUAUAAUAAUACUAAUUCCGACCAAUAACAUGUCUAAGCCAGUCAGAAAAAUAAUAUCACAUUUGUGCAAUUGUGAGGUGCUUUAAUUGUAACGAUUCUCCACUUUUGAUGCCAGAACUCCAUAACAGUGGGUCAUGAGUCAAUAAAAAUUGAGCUUUUCUUUUCAGUUCUGACAAAAGCUAUUUUCAUACUUAGAUGGUGAAGAUGUUAGGGGCGCUGAGCAACAACCUUUCCAGAAUCAUUUCUUUAACCGUAUUCUUCGGGUAAUGAGUCCCAUGAGAGAUGUGGCACCUUUCACAUGCCAGCACAGAAAAAGUGGAGUUGGGGGUGUCAGGUGAUGCUUAAACAAAAGAAACGUACCUUACAAAAGACAUGCGGUGCAAAAAGCGAAGCCACAUCACUUUCUUUCUGUGAAAAGAAAAAGUAUGUCAGAGCAAGUACUUUUCAACCAUUAAAAUUCAAGCUGAACUUCCUACGAAAAUCCUGCGAGCAUUUAUGUGUCUGUUUCACCAUCAGUGAACGGCUCACCUUGUUGACUUCCUGUGCCUGCCGUUACGCAGUAUACAUAUGCAUCUGCAAUGAUUGGUCGGUGAGUUAAUGAGAGCCAGCUGGAAUCGUGUUUGCAACGCCCACACAGCAGUGUCCCUUUCUCUCUCUCUCCUGUCCUGUUAAGGGCACAUAUCCAUAGAAACCAAGUUUCCCUUGUUGCUAAGGAAAGAACCCUGCUGAGGUUUGAAUAUGUGUAACAUCAAUUGUGAAGUCAAUACUGCUGAGGUUUGCUGCUGUGUUAACCUAGUCUAACUUCGUGUUUCUAAUUUAAAGCCUCAAAGAAAACAAGUUCUGGUUGUUGUUUUCCAUCCAUUACGAAACAGUGCUAGUGGCGUAAAUGAUGUUUUCCCCCCUGAAGCUGCUUCUAGGGUUUACCAGAGACUGAAUUAAAGUGGGGAAUUGCUUUGGAGAGCUCAUUAAUGUGCAUAUGGACUCUAGACAGUGAUGGAUGGCGCACAAUAUUGGAGACAGUGAUGUUUUAUCGGCUUUUUAUGAACAGGCUAGGUGAACUGUUAGACAAUAUGUGCAAAUCAUUCCCUUUUAUGCAGUGAAUGAAAAGCGCUGACUCAUGACAUUAUCAUGUUUGGAGUUUCAGAAGCGGAGCAUGUGGGUGGACGUUUGCAUCAGAAGGGGAACUUCAUAACCUGCACCCCAUAAUUCUGCGAGAUGCAUAAUUUAACACUGAGAGCAAAGUGAGAUUAAUCUCACUGUGGGAAAGCUUUACUUGCUUUCUUUUGAUUUAUGCUGCUAUUAUGCUUCAUGCUAGGUUCAAAUCAGGCUUUGUCAAUAAGGCUGGAGGCAAGAAGAUGAGAAGUUUCCAUUCUGUAUUGAUCUCGUUUUUUAAGUGCUCAGAACACACUCAGCACAGGUACUGAAAGUCUCAAACACCAGAGUGUUUAUGACCUGUUUUUCCUGACACAUUGCUGGGUUUCACAAUACUAUAAAAGAUAUUUAGGUAUGAUUAGGAAUAAAUGUUAGUGGAAAAACAAAUAAGUCAGAUGAAGGCUAUAAUUAAUUUAAUGUUUCUUUUGAAUAACAUUGAGAAUAGCUAUCUAUUACACACUGUCAUAACAAAAACAACUCAGCAAGUCCCCUGAACCUAAAGUAUGUGUCUGUUCACAGUGUUCCAAAUCCGUUGGAAGUUGUGCACGCUCAUGGAGUAGCUACGUCAAAAAAAGAACAGGACAUCCAUUUAUCAUUUAUUUUUGGCAGCUUGAAGCAUUGUGCUGUGCCACAUCCAGUGUAGAU